UGUCACCCACGAGGCGAGGCCCCGAGUCGGCAACCCCGACGCCCGCCAGCAGACACUCGGCCACAGCACUGAAGCAAGAGCGUCGCGCGCGACAUAUAUACUGUACCUGCCAGCGAACCGAACUGACCGAGCGGCGCAGCAGAGCCAUGAAGGCGUCGCUGAAGCUCCGGGACGAGGCGGGGCCGCUGCUCCGCGCGAAGCUCCCCGUCGAGCUCUUCUCCGUGCCCGGCGUCGCCUCACUCACCGCCGGCGACCCGGCCGACCUCCGCCUCUCCCUCGCCACGGCAGUCCCGGCGCUCCCGUCCCUACGCCUCUCCUACGCGCCCAACCGCCCCGCGGGGUCCUCCCCGCUCUCCGCUUCGCUCGUCCUCGGCUACGGCCCGGGCGGCAGCCCCUCCGCGCCUGGCGCCUCCGCCAUCACCAUGGUCGUCGAGGUCAGCGCCGCGGGCGCCCUCUCCUUCUCGCUGGCCCUCAAGCCCUCGCUCGGUGACUUCGCCGUGCGCAAGCGGUUCUAUUCGGACGGCGCGGGCGGGGGGAUGACGGCGUCGGGGGUGACGAUGCGGAGCGUCGUACCGGUGCGCGGGGGCGCGGCGGCGGCGAGGGUCCGGUGGGGCGUGAGGAUACCCGCCGAGAUGACCGCCGGCGUGGAGGCCGGCGCCGCCGGGGUGAUGCUGCGGAGGCUGCCUUUCUUGUGUCUCGGCAAGGUGACGGUGGAGAGGCGGGCGGGGAAGCCGGCGCCGGAGGUUGCGCAGCAAGAGGAGGCGGCGGUGGAGAAGGUGAGGAGAGAGAACGAGAAGCUGAGGCGGGAGAUGGAGGGGCUCCGGGCGACAGCGGGGCAGAUGAGAGAGAAGGAUACGGCGGCGUUGGCCGGUGCCAGCCGGAGCGGUGGCGGAAGGUCGCCGGGGAUGAGUACGAAACUAGACGGCGUUGAUGUAGGGCCGCAAGUGAAUCCUGCCAGCUAGAUUGUUGAACCUGAGAUUUAUCCAUUUCUUUCUUUUUUGUUGCUACCAGUGUACUUGUAUAUCAAUCUAAUCAGUCUAUGUGCAUAUUGUACAUAUACUAGAAGCAAUGUACUGUACGUUGCAAAUACAGUAGAAGCAAUGUUUGUACU